AUGCCGACCGUACACGAUGUGGCCAAGCAGGGUUUUGGCACUGACAAUGAGCUCUACGAUCGCGCUCGGCCUUCGUACCAGCCGGAGGCGCUCUCCUACAUCCGCCAGGCAGUCCAGGCAUCGCCCGUGAACGUCGUCGAACUGGGCAGCGGUACAGGUAUAUUCACGCGCGCCCUCCUGGCCCACCCCGAGUGGUCCGCAUCCCUCGGCCGCUUGCGCGCCAUCGAGCCGAGCGAGGGUAUGCGCGACGUAUUCACCAAGACGGUGAAAGACGAGCGCGUCACCACCAGCUACGGCACCUUCGACACUACCGGUGUCGAGGACGGCUGGGCCGACAUUGUGAUUGUAGCGCAGGCAUUCCACUGGUGCCCUGACUACAACGCAGCUGCGGCCGAGUUUGCUCGCAUCCUCAAACCUGCCGGUGUUGUCGCCCUCAUCUGGAAUCUAGAAGACAGAGACAAAGCCCGCUGGGUCGCCCAACUCCGGGACCGCGUAGAGUUGCACGAGAAGGGGACGCCCCAGUUCCGCCUGGGUCUCUGGCGCGAGACCUUCUCUACCCCCAACUACAACGCCCUCUUCGAGCCGCCCAUCGAGAAGACGUGGGACCGUGCCCUCCCUGGGACAGUCGAGAUUGCCGUGGAACGGGCGUGUAGCAAGAGCUACAUCGUUGUGCUCCCUGAGGACGAGAAGAAGAAGGUCGCGCAGGAUGUGACAAACAUCGUGAAGAAUGGAGACGAUAUGAUUUGGAUUGAUAAAGAAAAAGGUGUGUUUGAGUAUCCGUACAGAACGUACGUCGUACUCUGGAGGAAGAAGUAG